UUCUAGCCUGAGAGAACGUUAAUUCAUCUCGUCAGUAUGAAUAAGCUCAUCGGUUUGAUCGCCAUCCUCCUCAGCCUCUCCGUGAGUCUCGCAGCUCGCCCUGGGCUUAAACCGUUUAGACCUUUUAGACCAAUCUACUCAUGCGAAAGCUGCGGAUGUUGGGAGAAGUGCUUCAGAAGAUCUUGGAAUCCCUCCUUGGCAGAUGAAUAUACCCAGCUUUACCGAUACGUCCAACAGAUUCGAGAGGGGAAGAUUCUGAACGGGGCUCGGAGCACCGCUCUCUUGGCAGACCUGACGCAGCCCAAUUUUCAGUCUUUUCAGCUUCAGAAGAACCUGAUUAAGCUUGCGGCUUUUGGCCUGAAUGCCGGUCGAUAUUGUCACCCAACCACUCUUGUUAGUACAGUUCCGUGGGGAUCUUUCAGCUGGUUCCCCACAAUUAACAAUGGUGUCUGUCCCUCGGCCUGUCGACUGUCCCAGAUCGUCGAUAACUUGCCAUAUUAUGGACCAUUUGGCAUUGAUUCGUUGGCCUCCUCUUGCUCUUUGGCGAAUUUUAUCAUGAGCGUGAACCCCUUCCAAUGUCCUUUCUCCCUUAAUCGUUAUGCCGUGGCUUUUGCCAAUAGCUAUCAAAACUUUGUGAACCCGUGGUGUUCCAAUUUGUUCACCCUGCGGGCAGCUGUUGAAAUCUCCACUCCGUCCACAGGAUUCUCAAGUUCCCCACGGCUCAUCGACCCUAUCUCCUAUUCAUCUUCUAUUUUACAAGCUUCACAAUCUGUGGUUAAUUGCAUCCGCAAAACUUGUUGCUCAAAGUUUCAUUGGUGGAGAAAACCUGCCAAUGUGUCUGUCAAAGAAACUCGCCCCAAUCUUCAAAAUGAGUUAACAAAUGUUACUCGUAAAUCUGUGGAAUCUAUCGGAGAUCUGCCAGACGGGACCACUUUUUACGUUGACGCAACGGACCCAACGAAAGUUAAGGAGACCAAGGAAAACUUGAAGCAAUUCCUCAAGAACAAGGAAAAAGACGAUCCUUGUGCAGUGGCAUCAAGCGCCAACCCAAUAUGUGACGAGGAAUUGUGCCAAGAACCUGGAUAUGUGAAGGCUUGCCCUCUGAAUUGUCAAGUGUGCAAUCAGAACAGUGCUGAACAAAAAUAAGGGAAAUGUUUUGAAAUAGAUGAAAGUCAUUGUUGCAUCAUA